UGCAAGCGUUAGUUAAGACAGAAGAAACUGUAGAUGUUAAUAUAACAAAUAAAUAAAAUACAACAAAAAAAUCUCAAUCAUUUAAGUAAAAUAGUUCUUUUAAUAAAUUUCAAAUUAAUCGUAAAACAGCCGUUUAGGUAUGCCAAACAACUCGAGCAACACCGAUUCGCCAGGGACGAAGCACGUAUCACCAUAUAUAUUGUUAGCACUAUGUUCAAUCGCACUUAUAGAGAACAUAUUUGUUUGUUUUAUGAUAUUAAACUACAGAAGGCUACGUACAGCCACGAACGUGUUUAUAUUUGGUUUGUGCACAACUAAUGUACUAUGUGCAGGCGUGCUUUUGCCAACACACAGUAUGAUACCCAACAGUCUAGCAGAUAAAUUUCUAACAUUGAUUGUCAUACUUACAUAUAUCAACAAUCUCACCGCUGUCACCUUUGAACGCUACAUAGCUAUUAGCAGGCCGCUGCGAUAUCAUCAAAUCAUAACCAAAAAACGCGCAGUACGAAUCAUUAUAUUUUGUUACAUUGAACCUCUGAUCUACUGUGUUCUUCCAUUCGCAUGGGAGGUAAGAGUGGACACAGUGAUUCAUAAGGUUUACGUCACUUUUACUUUGGCAUUGUUCUUAAUAACGCCUCUUGUAUUUAUAUUGGGCGUUUACGCCAAAGUGUGCCACACUACGCAUAAAUUUUUCAAGAAACAUAGUAAGCUCAUCGUCACAUCGGAGAACAACAGUGGUUCAGAGCUAUGGGAGGAAGCGAAGUUUUUGUGCUGCUUACACAAAUCAAAACUUCGAGACGACGACGAUGAUAGCAACAGCGAUAACGACGACGACGACAAGUUCGACGACGAAUUGUCAUUAUCGGAUAAAGACUCCCCGAUUAUUCCGAAAAAAUUGAAUGACGAAAAUAGAAACGGAUUAAAAUCGGUAAGUCGGAGUCAAAAUGGUGUCACACACAAGUUUAACGGUUGUAACCAUGCAAAUAAAAAUGGUGAAAUGUGCAAGAAUGGAGAUACCUCCAAUCCAAUCAUUUAUCCAAUAUCAGAUUUAGUUGACAUUUAUGAGCACGAAUCAGCCCCUGGCGACUUUUUAAGAGAUAAUAAACGAAAAAUUUCCCGACAAAGAAGCUUAGGUUACUUGGAGGGGUGUAAUCGGAACAUCAACAACAAAAGAAAACCUUCUCUCGUAUCUUCGAAGACGAACGACACAAUCCUUGUGAUGACAACUUCGUCAAUUCGUAAAAACGAAUACGUCGUCAAAAAAUAUCCAUUACAAAGUAGCAUAUCUUUCGAAGGUUCUAGCAUACUGCCAAAGAAGAUACUAACGAGACAUGACAGCGUUCUAUCUGAAGCGAGAAAAAAACAAAACUACUACCAGAAGCGUCGAUCUAGCACGUUAAGAACGUCAACUAGAUCUUGGGUUAGUUUCAACAAUAAAGCAAAGCAAAUGCUGACAGAACUAAAAGCGUCGUUGGCGUUCGCUUUAGUCGUGCUAACGUAUAUGUUCACAUGGUUACCUGUCGUGUAUAUGUCGCUACUAGAGGUUAUUGGAAGAACAGAUUUAAUACCUGUAACGUUAACUGCGCUUUCCACCUACACGAUCGGUUUAAACGCCAUGGUGGAUCCGCUCUUGUAUGGAAUCAUGAUCAAAGAAUUUCGCCAAACUAUAAAGUCAAUAAUGAGAAAAAGAAAGUCAAUUUUGUGA